GGGACUCUUCGGGCGACGACGGCGGCGGAGGGGAAGGGGCGCCCCGGCGGAUCUCAUCGGAGCUGCUUUUGCGCCGCGGGUCCGAGGGAUUUGCCUGCCAUGAUUGUAGCCGGCGUCUUCUGUCUCUUUCUCUCCCUCGACAAGGUGUUCCACACCUGGGCUGGUCCUUCUUCCCUGGCUGCCCAGGAGCCACAUGGUUGGCGGACCCCAGUGGACUGCGUCCGUGCCAAUGAACUCUGUGCUGCCGAGUCUAGCUGCAGCUCACGGUACCGCACCCUGCGUCAGUGCUUGGCUGGCCGUGACCGCAACACCAUGUUGGCCAACAAGGAGUGCCAGGCGGCCUUGGAGGUGCUGCAGGAGAGCCCGCUCUACGGCUGCCAUUGCAAGCGUGGGAUGAAGAAGGAACUCCUGUGCCUUCAGAUCUACUGGAGCAUCCAUCUUGGCCUGACGGGGGGAGAAGAGUUUUAUGAAGCUUCCCCCUACGAGCCAGUCACCUCUCGUCUCUCUGAUAUAUUCAGACUCGCUUCAAUUGUCUCAGGAAUGGAUCCUGCCACCAACUCCAAAAGUAACCACUGCCUAGAUGCAGCCAAAGCCUGUAACCUGAAUGACAACUGCAAGACGCUCCGUUCAACCUACAUCGCUAACUGCAACAAGCCCUUCGACACCUACCGCUGCAACCGCCGCAAGUGCCACAAAUACCUGCGCCAGUUUUUUGACCGCGUGCCCAGCGAGUAUACCUUUCGGAUGCUCUUCUGUUCUUGUAAGGACCAGGCCUGUGCUGAGCGCCGUCGGCAAACUAUUGUCCCUGACUGCUCCUAUGAGGACAAGGAGAAACCAAACUGCUUGGACCUCCGGAGCCAGUGUCGGUUAGACCCACUUUGUCGGUCAAGACUGGCAGAUUUUCACACAAAUUGUCAAGCAUCUUUCCAGUCACUUACCAGCUGCCCUGGGGACAAUUAUCAGGCAUGUCUGGGUUCCUAUGCUGGCCUAAUUGGGUUUGACAUUUCUCCCAACUACAUUGACUCCAGCACCACCAGCCUCAUCGUGUCCCCGUCGUGUUCCUGCCGGGGCAGUGGCAACAUGGGGGAAGACUGCGAGAAGUUCUUGAAAGACUUCACCGAGAACCCCUGUCUCCGAAAUGCAAUUCAGGCUUUUGGCAAUGGCACAGACAUCAGCCCUCCCCCCAAGAACCCCCCAGUGCCUCCUGUCACCCCCUCUCCCAAGGUGGAGAAGAGCCCUCCUUUGCCAGAUGAUAUCAAUGACAGCAACACCAUCUACGACACGAGUAUGAUCACCACCUGUACCUCUAUUCAGGAACAUAGUCCGAAGCUAAACAAGUCCAAAGAGCAGAGUCUUUGCUUCUCAGAGAAAUCGCUGACCACUGAUCUCAUGCCAGAACAGAAGACAUUUGUGGACCCAAAGGGAUCCAGCAGCCGACAUUCCAUCACAGGGACUCUCUCUGCUCUCCCUUUCCUCCUUGUGAAAGUGGCGUUAUAAAAGAAAAAAGAUGGAUUGAGGACACCCAUGGGGGGAACAAGUGAAACAAACACACACACUUCCCCCCCUUUUUCUCUGUCUCUUACACACACACACACACACACACAGACACACACACAGAGAGACACACACACCCUGCAAGAAUUCUCCUCUGGCUCGUUCUCUUCUGGAGUGUCAGCUUUUGAAAAGUCAUAAUAUUUGCAGAAGUUUGUGCAAGACACUUUUAAUGCUGCAAGAAGAGCUCUGCAGAGUGAGGCCCGAACGUGUGGGGAGACCCCAGCCUGGGAGUUUGGACUAGUUUCUUUUUAUGCGUUGUUUGUUUCCAGUCUCCUAAGCAAGAGUCAUGUCAAAAGGGAAUCGGAGUUGUGUUCAGGAGAAAUGCACUUGCCUUUGAAAGCAGCCAGAGACUGAUGCUGCCGCCCUGGAAACUUAGCGGAGUGUGCCAGAAGAGUCUCAGAUUGCCACGUUGCUCUGCAGGGCCAAAGCCAACAAACCCGUUGUCUAGACCCCCACCCUCAUCCAGUCCCUCUCUGCUGUUUGAGAAUUUGGUUUCCUUUCUGCCCUAAAUCAAGCCUGGCUUUCAUUGAUCCCCAGGGGACCCACAGAAGUGUCUUAACUCUCCAGUGCAUCUUGGGGGAUCCUUCAGUAGGACGAAGAUAUGUGCAGGGCCAUGGGGCUUCUGCCGCUGUGGCAACCGACGAGGCUGGAAGUCCUGCCACCGAACACAGCCAUGCCUUGUGAAACAAGGAGAAUAUUUUGCCAGUUUUUAGGGAGAGUCUCUUUCUACUGUUUCUUCUGCCCCACUUACACACUGUUUUCUAAGGUUUUGAAGUCAGAGGGGAACAAACACCCUCUGUUAUGAGGUUGUCCCUGAGUGAUGCCUCCCCCCCCCCUUCAGUUGGGUUCUGGUGGGAUGGAAGUAGCCAUAUGUGGCAGCCAAAUGUACUUUACUCUC